CGCCUCAGCCGCCCUGCUGCAGCCUGCCGUGCUCUAUUUGCUGCAUGUUUGAUGAGGCACGCACAUGGGUUUGGUACUGUCUGUCUGGAUUUUGUCUGCUCGAAAACAUCGUCUGAGUUAGAUUGAAUACAAUCCGUACAGCCGGACUUCGUCUGAUUUCGCCAUUUUCUGAGGACCGAAGACAAACUCUAGUUAUUGCUUGCAGAAGGAUGGAUAACGGGCAACAAGAUGGGGUUGGUUCGGAGUCGAUUGCUCGGUCAUUUUCACCCGAUAUCUCGCAUUAUUUGCUGAUUGUUGUGGGCGAACCACUGAGUGAGGAAUAUGUGAACCAGUCGCUAGCGGAUGUAGAGAAAGCUCUCCAGUGCUGGGCAGUAGAGGACAGCGCCAUCAGUUACGAUACCACACUGCAAGCUGCUGCAGCUGCUGAUGUCAACAAGGUUGGCCUUGUGCAUAGGAGCUUUUCCCAAUGUGGCAGCAAUCUUGGUUUAGUGGUCUUAAUCAACCCAACAUCUACUGAAGUUACCACUGAACUACGCAGUCUUCUCAUCCACAAUGCGUCCAACAAGCAUCUGAUCUAUGGCGGCCAUUGGCUUCAAGGGAACGGUGACUGGAUUCUCCAUAAUGAUACUUUCACUCUGAAGGACAUUGCUGAUGUCUUCAGUGAGCCGGAUGUAGAUGCUGCUGUCUUAAAAGCCUCCCAGGAAGAGCGUCAGACGCUAGUUGUCUCUGGCUGCCACUGGACGACGGCUUCCGUCACUAAACAGUCAUUCACUAAGAGCCUGAAUCUGACCAUCAACCCACAGGAGGUGAAGAACGACAGUGCUGGUGUAUCCCUAAUCAUGCAAACCAUACGCACCAACAUGGUCAUCCCGUCAUCCUUCGAGCUCCUAGAACCACCCACUAUGGGUGUUGGGGUCAAGUGUAAAAUCACCAAGCCUACUGUGCUCAUAUUCCCAGCCGGCAAAGGAGACUGUGCCUUCUUUGCCGUCACUGACUUUAGUAUUUUUCUUGGUGGAGGCUACUGCACCAAGAGCUGCUUCUGGAAGUUUGCCAAGCACCUGCAUAGAAUCGAUGCCAUCAUGGCCCCCCACAUGCAGCCAGAUUCACUGAUGGGUUUCAACAGUCUCUUGAAGAGGAAGAUCGCAGAGCAACAGCUCGUCGAGCCAGAGAAAGGAACACCAGAGUAUGAGGAGUGGUUGAUCAAGUGCAACUCACCAGAGGUCGGAGUGGUUUUCCUGAAUGCACCAGAGAACAAGAAGUCGCCAGAGAGUCUGGAACUGAGGACCAUCAGCGAGGGUAACCUUACACAGCAGCUGCUUCAGGAGCUAGACAUCAAACCCUUCUCCUGUUCCGCUAAUGUAGGCAAGGUAAUUGAACCGGUCACACUGUAUCAGAAGGUUGGUAUUGGCCGUCUUGAUAUGUUUAUCUUAACACCGGUUCAUGAUAGCAAAGAAUUGAAAGAUUUCAUGCUGCAAUGGAGUGGUAAUAAAGCAUUCUCAAAAGUUAAAACGGGCAUGAAGGUAAAUGGGAAGGAAAGUGAAUGUCUAAGUUCAAGUGCUGUUUCUAUCUGCGCUUUGAUUGUCUGGCAGCCAGCCAACCAACACGAAGAAAUUGUCAAAGUGUUGUUUCCUGGUAAUGCUCCUCAGAGCAAAAUUCUUGAGGGUCUUGACAGGCUGAAGCAUCUGGAAUAUCUUAAACAUCCUGAAGUCACUGCAGCUAAGCUAAGCAAGGGAGGAGCACAGCUGAAAAAGAAAACAACACGUGCUGCACCAGGAAAGUCUACGGCGAAAGCCAAUGGGCCCUUAUCUAGUGUAAAUUCAAAGGGUGCGGCCAGUUCCAGUAACCAAGCACCCUGUACUGAUGGUGUACACUGCAACACGCCCCCUCCUUGCACGGAUGGAAUACACUGCAACACGCCCCCUCCUUGCACGGAUGGAAUUCACUGCAACACACCCCCUCCUUGCACAGAUGGUAUACACUGCAACACACCCCCUCCUUGCACGGAUGGAAUACACUGCAACACGCCCCCUCCUUGCACGGAUGGAAUACACUGCAACACGCCCCCUCCUUGCACGGAUGGAAUACACUGCAACACGCCCCCUCCUUGCACAGAUGGUAUACACUGCAACACGCCCCCUCCUUGCACGGAUGGAAUACACUGCAACACGCCCCCUCCUUGCACGGACGGAAUACACUGCAACACGCCCCCUCCUUGCACGGACGGAAUACACUGCAACACGCCCCCUCCUUGCACGGACGGAAUUCACUGCAACACGCCCCCUCCUUGCACGGAUGGAAUUCACUGCAACACGCCCCCUCCUUGCACGGAUGGAAUACACUGUGGGACCCCGCCUCCAAAUGGCCAGGUAGACUGCAUGGAUGGAAUUCACUGCAACACGCCCCCUCCAGACAAUCGUUGUACUGACGGUGAACAUUGCGGCACUCCUCCUCCAGAAGACAGCUACGCAGAGGAUGCUUGUGGCAACUUCAAACCAAUCGAGCCAUACAAGUGCACUGAUGGUAUGAACUGCAACACUCCGCCCCCUGAAGAUGGUGACGUGUGUGCGGAUGGCUACAACUGUAACACACCACCCCCAGACGAGGAAGGAGCAAUGGACACGCAACAAUCACCAGUUGAUAAUGAGCCAAUGGCGACAGUACAGGGAGAUAUUUGUGGAAAUCUCAUGGAUAGAAACUUGCCCGAGAGUCAACAGGACAUGAGUGCAUUCACUUUUAGUGGCGCUUCGGCUUUCUGCAAGCCUGUAGAUUCUUCUGGCUUUGGUGAGGGUGAGCAGAGAAGUUCAAAUGGGAGGAUGCCAUCUGGAGAAAUUUCGCCAAGUGAUCAAGUUGAGUAUGGGGAUGACUCUUCUAAUAAUGGCUCUCCUGUCUUUGCUGUAGACACAGCAACAACAGCACAAUCACCCGUGCAAGCAGACUUUGGAGAUUAUGCAGAGGAAGACCAUGGUGCAGCAGCUUCGACACCGGACGACUUGGUACUAGCACAGGAGGAUAAAAAGGACCAAUAUUAUGAUCAUGAAUCACCUCUAAGUGACAAUCAAGAUGUCAUACAAGGAGCUUUUGAUGAUGAGACCCCUUCGCCAAGUGAUGGUCCACAUCCAUGGGAACCACGAAUUGAGUUUUCUUCUCCAGAUCAAGAGCCUGAAGAUAACUACCUGCUUGAGGAAUCACGUCCUGAAGCGGAGGCCCAUGAAAGCCAGCAAGAGCAAGCAUCCUAUGAUGAUAUACAGAUUCCACCUCCUGUUAUCCCAGACGAUAACCAGAAUGUGGAACAAGGAGUUCAGCUUGAGCAGCAUGAAGAAAUAGUAGAAGACGAUGAGGAUACAUCAGAAGCAUCUCAAGCAUCAGAGAUAGAAGUCAAACCUAGUCUAGAAGCUCCACAAGAGUUUGAAAUGAGAUAUGACGAGCUUUCACCAGUCCCACAGCCUGAUCAAGUGUACAGAGAAGAUAUUGAAGAGGUAGACCAGCAGGAAGUUCAUGAUGAGGAGAAGAAUGACACAGAAAGUGAUAUCAGAGAUCAAGAAAGUUUGGGAGAGGUUGAAGCAACUCCUGAAGAGGGGUCAUCAGAUCAAGGAUUCCCUGAGGAUCCUUACACUCAGGAUGUUAUACAACCAGGUUCAGAAGAGAUGGCCAAUCAAGAAGUCCUCAUUGAUACCAAAGAGGAGCCCCUCGAAGCAGAAAUAAGAGGAGGGCCAAUGUUUGAAAUACCUUCUACUGAAGGGCAGGUUGAUGAUGUUGAAGAAGAAAUGGAAAUAGAAAACCAAGAAGAUGGUGAGUCUCCAGCACCGGAAGAGGAUCAAGUUUUAGAUCAAGUUGUGCCAGAACAAGAAGAACAGAUCGCCAUGGCAUUAGAAGAGCCAACAAUGGAAGCGUGGAGCCAAGGGGAAAAUCAGGAAAUUAACCAAAAUUUCAUGGCAUUUGGUGACAUUCCGCCGCCCAUGGAUCAAUUUAGCCAAGAUCCCGAACAGAUGAACCAAGAUGAUUUCUUUCCUGGACCAGAUCAGCCAGAAGCAGACACAAGCAUUGUUGUUACUGAAGCAGAACCAGAAGAGAUCAUUCCUCAUGCCGAUUUUGAUGACGUCAAAGAAGUUAACCCAGAUGAGUUCACUUCUGGACAAGAGGAAGUACACGAAGAUCAACCAGAAGCAUAUUCUAACAUGGUUGUUACUGAAACAGAAACAGAGGAGGUGAUUCGUUAUGAAGGUGAACAUUUUGAAGAAGGUUUUUCUCAAGAGCAAAGGGUUGAGGAUAGCAUAAAAGAAGCAGGAUACACUGAACAAUUCCAAAACCAGCCUGAUGUAGUCCAAACCGAAACAACAGAACCAGCAGAGCCAGAGCCUGAAACUCUGGAACCGUCUUCUGUUGCAGCACAAGAAUUUUCAGGUUCGUACAUACCUGAACCAGUAUGGCAGCCAGAAGCUUCUGCCCAGCAAUCCCCAGAGCCUGAGAUGGUACCUCAGCCUAUUCCGGAUGUCAUCCAAGAUGAGGAGCAAGUCCAAGAGCAGACAUCACUGUCGGAACCUCUCGUUGAUUCACUCUCAGAGCCUCUUUCAGACAGGGAACCAGAUUCUCUUUCUGAACCUAUCCUUGACGAACCUAUGGACCCCAUCGUAGAACCAGAACAAGAACCAGAACCAAAACCAGAACCAGAACCAGAAUGUGAUAUGACUCCCAAAUCUGAGCCAGAACCAGCUGAUUUGAUGUUUGAACCUCCAGCACCAGUUGAGGAACCUGCUGAGAUAAUCUCUGAAUUGGCUGCACCUGUCCAGGAGCCUCCUGAGGUGAUAUUGGAACCUCCAGAAUCAGAAGAUUCCUCUGAACAACUAUUACCUGUUCAAGAUUCUCCUGAACCUGUUAUUGAUUCUUCUUCACCUGUUAUUGAUUCUCCUUCACCUGUUAUUGAUUCUCCUUCACCUGUUAUUGAUUCUCCUUCACCUGUUAUUGAUUCUCCUUCACCUGUUAUUGAUUCUCCUUCACCUGUUAUUGAUUCUCCUUCACCUGUUAUUGAUUCUCCUGAACCUGUUAUUGAUUCUCCUGAACCUGUUAUUGAUUCUCAUUCACCUGUUGUUGAUCCUGAGCCUGUAUUUGAGCCCAUGGACCCUGUCAUGACAGUCCCUCCACAGCCAAGUCCUGACAUUGAAUCUAGUCAAGAGCCAACUCAAAGUCCAGUACCAGUAGUUGAUAUUGUAUCUGCUACCCAGGCAACUGUUGCUAGUAAACCAGAGGUCAAGCAGAGUAAAGCUUCAGAUGUUUCGGCCAAGGCUGCAACAUCUGUUACAACAAAAACGACCACCAAAAAAUCAACAUCAGCCACGAAGAAGCCAGGAGAGAAGGCCAAGAAGGAAAUCAGUAGCACAAAGACCACCACUAAAACAACGAAGGAUACCAAGAGCGCUACUAAAGAUGCUAAGAGCUCCACAAAGACCAAAGUGAGUACAGUGACAGAGAAGAAACAUACUACAAAGACACAAACAACGGCACUGAAAAAACCUGACACUGUGAAGACAACACCCGUUGCCAAGAAGCGGGUGACAAGCACAGAGCAGAAAGCAACUGCAGAGAAGAAAGUUCCUGAGAGAAAACCACUGGAGAAGAAGUCUCCGACCGAGAGGAAGACCAUGACUGCGGAGAAGAAGCCAAGCAGAUCCCCAACCCCCAAAUCAUCCACAACACCUACAAGGCCACAAGGUUUGAAUGGAGACAAGACUUCUGUCAGACCAUGGGAAAGGCAGACUGCUGCCUCUGCAUCUAGGAGCAGUAGUAGCAACAGCAGAACCAAAACCAACGGCAGUGUAGAUACCAAGCCAGGAGUAACAAAGAAACUAUCUCCCACUAAGCUAACCAGUUCCAAGACCACGCCGAAGACUGCUCCUCAACGGCCAACAGGUUCAAAGCCUGCAGGAAACGGCAGCAGGAAACCAGCAGAUUCUGCCAAGAAGGAAACGGAGAGAUUUUCAAGAUCUGCUCCAUCUAAGACUGGUGAUGGGAAGAAAUCAGACAGCAGUAAGAGACCAACUUCUGCUAAGACAACGAGUGCAGCAGCCAAAACACCAGUAAUACCAGUUAGUGGACCUCCAGUGUAUGUGGAUCUCACCUAUAUUCCAAAUCAUGCAAGUGAAGAUUCAGUUAACCUAGAGUUUUUCAGGCGAAUCCGGGCCAAAAAUUAUGUCAUCAGUGCAAAUGAUAAGGGUCGCAACCAGCCGAGUACGACUGUCCUUGAUGCUCUACUGGAAGGCAAAGCUAAAUGGGAGGAGCCUGAUGCAGAGGUCACCGUCAUCCCGACGUACGAUAUCAAUACCCUGCAAGAGUGGGAGCAAAAGAAUCUGACCGAGCUGACCAAUUCCAAGAUCACCAUCUCUCAGCCAGCCAGCCGAAGUGUUGUUCAAAUGAAAGAUGAAAACUUCUUCAUGUACAAGGUGGAGUUUUGAUGUAACUUCAGCUAAAGAAAUACACACUUGAUUCAAAGCAGCUUCCCUGAAACUCUUUCAUUUGUACAAAAACUAAAGCUUGUAGAAUCAUAAGUAAUCAAUUAACUUGAUUACGCUAGCAUGAAAUGUUUCCUUUCUUUGCCUACUUCAACAUUAAAGGUAAUUUCAAAACUUGAAAGUGUAUAAAACCUGUAUUUCAGGUUUGCCAAUGUUUUUUUUUAUAUGAUGCUGAAUCUUCACAAAAAAAGCAUAUCUAGGUUAAACAAAAUUUAAAUUAACAUUUUACAUAAACUACAUUGUGUACUUAAAUAUACCGCGUAGAUGUAGUUUCUAGUUCAGUUGUUACUGGUUGUUAUUGGAGUGUAAGCUUGGUUUAUUCGGUUAAUUGUGUUAAAAAGUUAAAGUAAUUAAUGUAUGACAACUCAAAAGUAAAUGAAUUUAAGAUGCAAUGUUAACUCAAUGAAUCACGUACGCUUAUAGAAUGACUUGCCAUAAACUUUACAAAGCUCUUGUUUUAUGAGAAGCUUUUUGUUGUUACAUAGUACAAUUAAUAACAACUCUCAAAUACCAUUUGAAAUUAUAAUAAUUUUCGCAAAGAAGUGUGAGUUUUAAUCACUUAAAGUGGUUAUAUGUUUUUGCCUCAGUUUAAGGUAAAUCUUAAACCACAGUAAAUACUGUUGGACGAUUUGAGUUAGAUUGUUAAGCUCCCUCGGCUGAAAGUUAAAACCAGGGCCCAAUUUCUUAGAGUUUUUUAAGCAGCAAACAUUGCAUAGAAAAGUUCUACUGAGCAAAAAAGGUUGCAGGAUACCAGUCAUAACUGGUACAUGUGGAAUGCUUUUUUUUGCGGCUGGUAACCUUAAUUUGGUAAGCAUGGUGUGUUCUGAUGCAAGUCAAUGACCCUGUUUGAGACAUGCUACACAUGUUGAUAAAUAUUUCAAAUGGGUUACAUUUCUCUUUUCAAAAGAACCAGGAAUUUCCUGUCUUAAGUAUUCAACCACAUACAUUCCUACAUAAUCGCCACAUCGAAUUGAAAUUUUGUUGUAAAAACAAAGUGAAUAUGAAUUUAGAAUGACCUGCAGCCAAUGAAGAAAAUAAAAUAAUAAUAAAUUGGGAAGAUGCAUGAAAGCCUCUAGAGUGCAACCAUAAACACAAAAUGCAAAUGUGAAACCAGAAAAUAAAUGUAGCAUUGUUUGACAAUUUACAGACCAGUGCUUUUUGGCUCUAUAAUAGAAAAUAACCUGCAAUUGUAAUAUUCUAAGCUCAUCGUUUUUAGAUAUAUUUUUUUUUAUUGUGCAAUAACUGUCGCCUGCAUAUAUAAUCGCUUGCAAACUGCUUUUAAAAUAGAAGAAAGCUUUUCAAAUUUCUUCUUCAAAAACAAAUGAAAAAAAAUUGAAAAAAACAAACAGAAAAAUUAAAUGUUUAACUAUUAAUGUAGCGUAAUAUGCAUGCAUGUGCUUGAUUUUAAGCAUCAUUGUAGAUAGAGUGCUAGUAUAUAACGUUAUGCAAUGUCUAUUUCAUGUGCCUUUUACAAAUGUAUAUGGUAUAUAAUCAGCCCCAGUGAUGUUUAAUAUUUUUUGUUGUGUUUUGAAGGGAAAAAAUACUUAAGAUACCAAAGUUUGUGUAUGAUUUUAACAUUGUGCAAAUAUCAAAACAACCAUACAGGGUUAAAUCUCAAGGUCCAAGGUGACUUGGGGAGAAGUAAUUUUAUUAAACUUAAAUGUCCACAUUUAUUUAUGUUAUGAGUAUGUGGAAUGGAAUUUUUGGGUCAUUUAAACAUGGGUCUGAAGUCAAUUGUUUAGUAACCAGAAUCAUAAUAGAAGGUAUACACCUGAGUAGUCUAGUUGUCCGAUGGAAGUGCAAAUGUUAGAGUUUCCCUGUAAUUAUUUGUCAGUUGUGCAUGAUUUCUGUUUCAGUACUGUGUAAAGUGUUAUUAAAAUAAAUACCGAAUAAAAGGACAGUCGAGAGUAAUCAGACAAUGGGUGUGCCAAAGAGAAAGUACCCGAACUUUAGCUUUUUAUCCAAGUUUAGACUUUUAUUCUUGAACUAAAACAAAUGAAAAAACAUGUGUAGUUUUGGUUUCACAAUGUAGGAUUAUGACAAAAAGUUGUAAACCUUUAAGUUAUAAAUUGCAAUUGUAAAAAAAAAAAAGAAAAAAAAAAAAAAGCAGUACAUGUAAUAACAUGUUGUGGAGUUGUUAAGUAAAAUGUAUUUGUAGUUAUUAGAUUUGUGCAGGCUUAGAAUCACAACGAGUGAGCCAAUGCUUUCCUGAGAAACAAAGCUUCUUUUUAAAGAGGCACCAGGACAACAAUGGCUCCUUUGUUGAUCUUCUGAGCCUGCCUUUGUAUGACAAAGUAUACUAGUAGUUUAAGUGCAUUGUGUAGUAUUGUUAAGUGCAUGAGUUGUUUAUCUAAAAAGAACAAUAGUUGCAUAGUUUUAAUUAUGCAUGUAAUUUUGUCUAAUCAAUAUAUCUUAUGGAUAUACCCUUUCAUUACACGGUGAGAAAAAGGUAAAAAUCUUUUAUGUACAUGUGUAUAAAAAAAAGUUACCAAUACGUAGAUAAAAGUUGUCACAAAUUCUGUAAGCCAUUUGUGAUUACAAUGUGAAACUCAAAUGUUAUUACCUAAAGUUAGAUCAGAGCCUCGACACGUAGUUUUUUAACUGGUACAUUAAAAGGAACACGUUGCCUUGGAUCGGACGAGUUGGUCUUUGAAAAGCGUUUGAAACGGUGUGUUAUGAAAUACAUAUGGUUAAAAAGAUAUUUUAAAAGUGGAUCAAUACUUUAAAAUUAUCUAUCUCGCAUUUUCAUUUCCUAACAAAGGGUUUUAAACACUUUUCAAAGACCGGUCUUUGAAAAGCCAACUCGACCGGUCCAAGGCAACGUGUUCCUUUAACACAAAGAGUCCACGCCUAAACCUGGUUCAAGUUUACACUUCAUUAAUACUGGGAUUGCUCUGUAUUAUUGGAUGUAUGUCGGCGUAGUGUGUAAAGCGCUCAUCUCUCACUAAUGAAGCCCUGGUUCGAUUCCCGCCUAAGGCCAUAUGCGUUGCUCCUCUCCUUUGCCACGAGCGGAGGUUUUGCUCCAUCCAGACACUUUCGAUCUGUGGCGGUGCUCCGUGGUCAUGGGUCGAUGUGGCUGGCUGCCACCCUUGAAUGCCUGUGGCUUAAACGCAUCGUAGCCGCAUCCUUCGCAGUUCAGCUUCUCAGCUGCUUGUAAGGAUGAUUAGCCUCCCAAAUUAUUGUUGUUACUAUCACCUAUUACCAACAAAACGUUUUUACCAAAACUUACUGCAAAGUAGUAACCUAAUUGUACACUUGGAAAACCGAUCUAUGCUUAUUUGACAGUUCAUCUAUAUUCAAACUCAGUAAACUUCAGUAACUUAAUGGUAACUGCACUAGAAGCCAUCCCUAAAAUAACGAUUUUAAAAAUCUGCUGUAAAAAAACUGCACUAUAACUUAAAAAAUAAUUCUGCAUAAAGAAAUAGAUAUGAACGACAAGAUUUAUCGGAAAAAAAAUUCCACUAGCAAUAUCCAUACUCACUGGAUAAAUUACCUAAAAAAGUACAACAUUUCCUCGCUUUUAACAACAGUUUAGCAAAAGGUUAUGGACAGCGUUGUUUGUUUGAAAAACCCUGAAUUCACUUUCUUACAAAACUGAAUCAUACUGGAUGUGGGUUUCCAAGCAGGAUGGUUCUAAAGUGUUUUCAUACUGUAUGAGACUAAGUCUGGGACCCAGCGGGGUCCACCGGGACUCACUGGGAUCCACCGGGAUCCACCGGGAAUGGAGGAUCCAUGAAGAGGCAGGUUUGCAUAAUCAUGGAUCCCUCCCAACAUGCCCUAUGGGCAGGGGGACGUGGGUAUUUAAUAAUGUGUUUGCCAUGUAUAUUAUUAACUGUGGUAAAAUGAGCUGUGAAAGUAACACUAUACAGCAUUCAUAAGUCAAUGUUAUGUACAGUCAGUCAGGGCGGCAAUCAUUUGGUCAUAUCAGCAUGCCAGCCACUUGGCAUCUCAUUUGUCUGGUCUGAAGUGACAUUCCCAGCAUUUGAUUAACAUAAGCAUGCUCAUUGGGAAGUAGAAUGAACAUUCAGGGAAGGUGGAUUUGAUUUCCUCCUUGGCUUGAUGUGUUGUACUGUACACUUAGACUAAUUCACCUUUCAAGGGAAACAAAACUAUAGGAACCUUUUUAGCAAAUUAGAAACUGACGUGGCAGAUCUGACAGGUUAACUUAUAAGUCUUGUAAAUGUUUAUCAGUACAUACUGCUAGCAUCAUCUGUAACAUUUAUUUUGAUUAAAAAGGAGCAGAAUACGUCUCCUAACAGGUGGCAUCGCUUUGUCUCAGCUCGGUUGUCGUAUGUGUUCACGGUUGCCAUGGUAACUCAGCUGUUUCAAUUGACCUGCAGAAACCAUGGGGCCCGCACAUUUAGAUAAUACAUACAUGUACAUAUAAACAAAUAUCUUCCAGGUUUAACAUGCAGAUGUACAUAGUGUGCAGCUUUUUGUUGUGACAGUUUAGGCUUUUGUGAAAAAAAAAAUAUUUUUGCUCACAAUCAAAGAGUGUGUUGGUACCUAAUGAAGAAUCAAAAUCACACAAUAUGCUUAGUAAUAUGUGUAGUUAAAGUACAUGUAUUUGUAUGCCAAAAUAACAUACAAUGAUUGCGGUGUCACUGUUUCUGGUAAACAUUACUGUUCAGUCUGUUUGUGACAGUCUAAGGUCUCUUAUAUACUAGUGAAUUGUCUUGUUCAAGCUAUUUUUGUGUGACCGUAAUAGACAAUGAAAACAAUUCUUAUAAAGAAGAAGAAUUGAUGAUAGAUAGAUCUAUAAUAUGCAAUUGUGAGAUAUUUCAUGAUUAGUUUUGAAAGUUUCUCUUGACAUAUUGAGACUAAUUUUCAGAACUGAAACUAGACUAAUUAUACAGGAAAUGAGGGUGAAAUGACAUGACAUGAAAUGACAUGUUCAUAGUCAGGGUUUGGGAUAAUGGUAAAUUGUUUCACACAUCAGAAUUCAAUGAAGAAAAUGUGCAAGUUGUACUAACAUAGUAGCUUGAAUUGAACAUUGGUUUGUUCAUUAUUUGGUAUUGAACCCAGCAGGAGAGGGCUUUAAUGUACCAAGAUGACAUUUUCUAGAUCAUACUUCUGUGACAAACAAAAACAGUUAACUGAGUUGGAAACUUUGCCAAAAAAAAA